AUGAGCGACCCGAACUCCAACGAGGCGGAGAAGAAUAUUGAGAUAUGGAAGGUCAAGAAGCUGAUCAAGCGUCUUGAGGCCGCCCGUGGCAACGGCACCAGCAUGAUCUCCCUCAUCAUUCCUCCCAAGGACCAGGUGUCCCGCAUUGCCAAGAUGCUGGCUGAAGAAUACGGUACGGCAUCCAACAUUAAGUCCCGCGUCAACCGGCAGUCGGUCCUCUCGGCCAUCACGUCGACGCAGCAGCGGCUCAAGCUUUACAACAAGGUGCCGCCCAAUGGGCUGGUGGUGUACUGCGGCGAAAUUCUGACAUCUGAGGGCAAGGAACGCAAGGUCAACAUCGACUUUGAGCCGUUCAAGCCCAUCAAUACGUCACUCUACCUCUGCGACAACAAGUUUCACACCGAGGCGCUGGCUGAGCUGCUCGAGUCCGACCAGAAGUUUGGCUUCAUCAUCAUGGACGGCAACGGCGCGCUCUUCGGCACGCUGAGCGGCAACACGCGCGAGGUGGUGCACAAGUUCUCGGUCGACCUGCCCAAGAAGCACGGCCGUGGUGGUCAGUCGGCCCUGCGUUUUGCGCGUCUGCGUGACGAGAAGCGCCACAAUUACGUGCGCAAGGUGGCCGAGCUGGCCGUGCAGAACUUCAUCACCAACGACAAGGUCAACGUCGGCGGCCUCAUCCUGGCCGGUUCGGCCGACUUCAAGAACGACCUGAACGUGUCGGACAUGUUUGACAACCGGCUGGCCGUCAAGGUGAUCAAGGUCGUCGACGUGUCGUAUGGCGGCGAGAACGGCUUCAACCAGGCGAUCGAGCUGUCGUCCGAGACCCUGGGCAACGUCAAGUUUGUGCAGGAGAAGAAGCUGAUCGGCAAGUACUUUGAGGAGAUCAGCCAGGACACCGGCCGCAUGUGCUACGGCAUCGACGACACCCUCAAGGCUUUGGAGCUGGGCGCUGUCGAGACGCUGAUCGUGUUUGAGAACCUCGAGAUCACCCGCUGGGUGCUCAAGUCCAGCCAGGGCAGCGAGAUCGUGCUUCACACCACCAAGACGAGGGACAACAAGGAGCUCGAAGACCGCACCAAGUUUCUGGACAAGGAUACCGGCCAGGAGAUGGACGUCGUCACGCAAGAGUCGUUCCUCGAGUGGAUAGCAGAGCACUACAAGGACUUUGGUACCGCGCUGGAGUUUGUGUCCGACCGUUCGACCGAGGGCAAUCAGUUCGUCAAGGGCUUUGGUGGCAUUGGCGGCCUGCUGCGGUACAAAGUCAACUUUGAGCAGUUGGCCGAGGUGGAUGACGACGAUGACUACUAUGAUGCGCCUGCUGCUGGCCAUCAAUCGUCGCCGUACGGACCCGACCGGAAGGCCGGCGCUCCGCCAGCCGCCCAGCGCCGGCUGGGGUCCGGAGUUCCCGCCGCCGCGGCGCCUUGGGGUAGCCAUCUCAGCUACCAGGUGACGCGACCCAGCCCGCUUCGUUCCAUGACGACGGCAACUUGA